AUGGCGACCAGAGAUGGUUCUUGGUGUGAAGACGUGCGCCUGCAGGAAGAUUUGAGAAACUACGUGAGGCAGGGCAUGAAGCGAAAGGAGAUGUUAGAUUUUUUAAAAAGAGACUUUCCCACUUAUGCUUGGAGUAUACCCACAUUGGAUAGACGUCUUCGAUACUUCAACAUUUUCUACACGGAUACAAAUGUCACUCUGGACGAAGUUAAGGAGGCUGUUGGCAAGGAACUUGAAGGACCUGGCAAACUUCUCGGUUACCGAGCACUACAUCAAAAAAUCCGGCAAGAACACCUGUUAAAUGUGCCGCGAGAUCUGGUAUAUGCGGUAAUGCAGCAAAUGGAUCCUGAAGGACUUGAAAGUCGUGCAGUCGGCGUCAAAAACAAGAAGAAGAAGCAGCCUUUCAGAACUAGAGGCCCAAACUGGGUACAUUCUGUUGAUGGGCAUAAUAAGCUGAUGGGCUUUCAGAAUGAUACCUUCCCAUUAGCGAUAUAUGGCAGUAUUGACACAGCAAGCAGGAAGUUACUUUGGCUUCGUGUCUGGACCAACAACAGAGAGCCAAGACUGAUAGGCCGUUGGUAUCUCGAGUAUCUAUAUGAGAACAAAGUUAUUCCCUCGUACUUGAGGAUGGACCGAGGUACAGAGACUGGUGUAAUGGCAACCAUGCAUGCAUUCCUCAGACAACAUCAUGGCGAUAUAGAUCCAACAGAAACAAUGAUUUAUGGGCCAUCAACUGCUAACCAAGUAAGUGUUUUUGUCUGUGGCGGUGUACUGUACAAUUUCCUACGUUCUGUCCUUAAAAAUAGAACCUGGUGACAUGCAGCUAUAUCUUAAAACGUCCUAGCAGGCUCAAAAAACAAAAACACUCCCCAGAAUACAAACAAAGGAGAACAAAUUGCCCAUCCCCACGCAGACUUCAGACAAAAAAUGCCCCUUGUGUGUGGGUGGGGGGAAGGGAGACAAGCAAGUUGGAGAAUUGAUUGACCUACUAUCUUUAACACUUGACUUCCAGAUUGAAAGAUGGUGGAAGGAGUUACAUGAAAGACUUGAAAAGUACUUUAAAGAUAAACUUACCUGGCUUAAAAAUGAGCACCACUACAAUCCACAUGAUGCAAAAGAUCGGUAUGUGAAAAUGGGUUGUUUCUGUUGACAUUUUUUUAUGAAAAGGUGUCCUAAAACUGUUUUACCUUUUGCUACUGCCUACAUUUGCCUAACUUUGUUGAGUUGAAAAGAGCUGAAAACAUACUGUUCAAAAGCACAUUUAGAUUUAAGAAGUCAAGACUUUCUUUCCAAAUCAUUGCUUCAACAGCCAUUUUCCCUAAUCAAAAUGCAGAGGAAAACACUCUGGUGACAGAGAACAUGCUUAUGAUCAGCUGUACAAAACAGUUAAAUCUAUUUUGAAAUCUUUAGAACAUGAAAUUCUUUUGUUUUAUGAAGUGGGGUUGUCCACUAAGCUGUUUGGUACUAGUUUUCAGGAAAAUUGUGCCUCUUAAGAGAAAUCUUUACUCUUUAUUAAUGUUUUUUGUAUAAUAUUCUUGUCUGAAAUACUUGUGAUGGUACCAAAAAAUAGACAAAAGGCAGAUAUAAUCUGAUGAAAGAUAUGAAAAUGUUCUCCUCUAUUAGGAUGCUCUUGGCAUUUGUUAUGAUUCCUCUAUUGCAAAAGGAGCUGGACACAUUUAAAGAUACAGUUUGGAACACUCACAGGAUUCGACAACAGAAAGAUACGGUGUUGCCCCACGGUAUUCCUGAGCACAUUUACAAUUUUCCGUCCGAAUAUGGCCUGGAAGAAAGUGGUAGGCUUCAAAAGUUGUUGUUUCCUGUAUUUCUUCCAAUACAUCUUAAACAUCGUUUAUUACAUUUGAAGGGUUUCUAAAGUGGAAGUGAUCAGAGUAACCUAUCAGAUGGACUAGCCCCUUUGUUAGUUCAAGAGGAGAAGCCAGUACUACGCCAUUAAUUCAAUUUUUUUUCUUGAUUUUAAACAACUUAUGGCAAAACAAUAAACUGAACUGCACUGAAACUGAACUCCAGUCCCUUAUUUAAAUCAUGUAAUGGAUACCACAGUUGAGCACUGUUGCUUUGAACCUUAAAAUUAUUUGUUGGUGACUCUUUCUGGUUAUGAAUUCAGUAUACAUUAUUAUUACUAUUAGCAACCAUCCCAGUCAAUGAAUUGCAACAGUGCUAUAUAACUGGGGACCAUUUCAAAUGUCUAUUUAUUUAUAACAAUUUUAUUGAACUUGUCCUCCAAUCCCAAUUGAUUGUAAAACAAAGUCCAUAUGAAACCAAUUAUCCUCAAGACUGUGCCUUCCUGCAACAGGUUUUUUCCCAUUCAUUAUCAUUACUCAUGUACAUGGAGUUCACAUUCUCAUACUCACAUAGAGAGGAUUUGUUACAAGAGUAGUGAGUGGCAAAUUUAUCCUUAGGUUGGCCUGUCACAGAGGAGCACCUUAGAGAGGUAGCAAAUUAUGCUGGGGUACUUGAAGUGGAAGAUGAUUUCCUUGAUGCAAGAUUCAGAGGAGAAUGUGAACGCUUGAUUCCCAACACUGAGAAACUAGAACCUGAAGACUGUGUAACAGCAUUCCUGUUUCUUAAGACACAUUUUAGCUUACAAGUAUCUGUGUAA